AUGAAGAACUUUGCCCUGUUCGCUUCCCUGUUGUCACUGUUUGUGGCAACAGCAUAUGCCGCGAAGGAAGUCUCGUGGCCCAACAAUGGCUCAAUAAAGGUUAUCGCUCCCAAGUCGCCAUCGCACAUCACGAUCGCUGUCCCAGGCUGUGUAACUGUCACAAUCGACUGGGAAGAUAACAGUGUUCAAGUCACGAAGCAUGGAGAGUCUUCGAGCCAACCGGUCGGUGGCUCAGAGAGGCUACGUGAUGACGGGGGUGAGCUCGUUGUACUUCUGAGUCGGCAGGAAAAUACAACUCAUGUCGCGGUCUAUGCAGAAAGCGUCGGUGGAGGUUUCGAUAGCAGACUGCAAUCAAUCGAAAUGCCAUCGUGCAACAUUUCAAAACUCGUCAUAAGCAGCCCCAAGAAUAAGAACCUCAAGGAUUUUCAAGUUGGUGUUUCCAAGGAGAUCGAACAGCUCUACGUUUAA